AUGUCUGGGUUUCCAAAGGUACCCUUAGUUGUAGGUGAUACCGACGAUGAUGCAUCAAUUCAUUUGCAGUCUCGUGUAGGUCCAGCAAGACCUUUACCAACUAAGCAAAGGUCAUUCAGUUCUCACGACAAAGAAAUAUUGAAGAUUUUGAAUGAGGUGGAUGACGAACUGGAAGCUGAAUACGAUUUCAAUAAACAAUUUGAUAUAUUCCAGAAAAGUGGUAGUAUUCCAAAUGAUAUAGAAUAUAGUGACAAUGAUUCUGACGCUGAUACCCAGGUGGAAUCAGCGAAUGAGUACGAAGAUGAAAACAAUAAGCAGGAAAAUAGGUAUUAUCCAAACAUAUAUAGAGAUGAAGUGAUACCCGAUAAUAAAUAUGAAUUCAGAGAAGAAAAAGAAAAGCAGAAGCCAAAUAAAAGUUUGUUUGAGGAAUUCAAAAGAGCUCGAGAGAACACACACCCUUUCAUGGAAUCUAGUAAGACUAAUUACAAGAAGUAUGCUUUAUUUGCGCUCAUGUCAUUUUCGGUCACUUGCAUAGUACUAUUAAUAUACCAACGUGAAGUGGUUUUUCACCCAGUGGUUAUAGAUAAGCCAAUUGAGAAUUAUUACGAAAUAAACUCGAAGUUUGGCAAUCUCGAAAAUAGAGUAAAUAAAUUAAGCCUGUUUGCUGAAGACUUGUCUAAAAGACAAGAAGAUCUUGUUCAAAAACAUGAAGUGCUAUCAGCAAGUAUAAAUGAAAAAUUUGAUUUAGUGAGUGACAGGUUUAGUAAAAUUGAUUCAAGUGUAAUAAACCUGAAUCAGUUUGAUAAUUUAUGGAAAGAAUUUACUGCUUUGAAGGCAAAAGUGAGUGAUUCUGAACCUUAUAUCAAUCCUGAACCAAAAUUGCUUGAAAUUUCAGAGAAAUUGAACAAACUCUCCAAAAUUAGUGACAACAUUGAGUCGGUUAAAUCUAACAUAUUAAAGGAAUUCUCCGCAAUGCUACCAGAAAAAGUGCCAGUUUAUAUCAAGGAUAACAAAAUCCACUAUAUUCCAGAAUUUCAUAAAUACAUCUACAACUUUAUUGAUAAUUAUCAAAAAGAGAAGAAUCUUACAACUAAUAUAAGUUGGGACCAAUUCUUACGUGAUAAUGAAAAUAAUAUGAAUAGCCAUAUCAAUUCAAUAAUAAAGAAAACCAAUCUACUUAAUAUUAGUAAAGAAAAGCUUGAGAAUUUCUUGCAAAAAAGAAUUAACGAAAAUAAUAAACAAAUAUGGGAGAAGUACAAUAAUUUGAUUGAUAAUUUAAAUAUUGUCAAUAGUAACUCAACACUAAUUGCAAAAAAUUUGGAAAAGUCUACUAAUACAAUCCUACUCGAUAAUUUAUUAGAAAUAUUUGCUAAAGGUUCGAACAAAGUUAACUAUGCUGAUUAUAAGCUAGGUUCUAGAAUAUUGGGCUUCUUAACCACUACAUCUACUUCAUCGACUAGAAGUCAAAUCUCACAAAAAUCCUUACCCAGAAGGAUCUUUUUGGGAUGGUUUGACUAUUUAAAUUCAAGUGGCGUCCAUAAGCCUAAAAACUGGAAAUAUAAUGCUAAUAAUGUUUUGAUUGAUGGAGGUAAUUAUUGGCAUUGUGAAUCAAAUGAAUGUUCAAUUGGCUUAAGAUUAUCAGAUCCUGUUAUCUUGACUGAUUUAAUUUUUAAGAAUCCGCCUGUCGAAGGUAUAAAACCACCAAGUUAUGUUUCAAUUUAUAUUAAACCAAGAAAUUCUGAACAGGUGAACGAGUUGAAAGGAUACUUGCAAAAUAAGUUUGAUAUAUCUCAACCUAGUGAUCAAAAAUAUUUGAAGAAAUUUUACAAGAUCAAAGAGGUGUCACUUGAUUCCAAUAAACCCAUUAAUCACGUUAAAUUUCCAGUAAGUUUAGUAAAUUUGAAAAUUCCAGUUAAAGAUAUUUAUAUUCAAAUAAGGUCCAACGGUGGAAUCACUGGAUUAUACAAUUUAAAAGCCUAUGGAAUAAGCGAAUUUAAUUCAUACAAAUAUAAUCAAGAAUUUGAAUUAUUAAUCGAUAAAUUAUCAGAAUUGGAUGAAAAUGAAGAAUCCGUAACUAAUAACGUUGACAUAGAUAAUCUCAUAGAUGAAAAUGAUUCCGAUAUCUUGGGUGAUGAUGAAAUAUUAUUUUAA